GCGAGCAGGGGCGGGGCUGCCGAGCAGCUAUAGCUGGACCCCCUCCCCCCGCUGCGGCCCACCACUCGCCGGUCGCCUGCGGAGCCCCGGCUCGCCGAGCUCGCUGCUGGCCUGCCCCACCCGGCGGCCGUCCCCCAGAGCACGCUGGCGCCGGGCCCCAGGCCGGGGGCCCCUGCAAAGUGGCCCAUGCUGGCAUUACUGCUGAUUUUGCUGCCCCUGCCCGCUGGCGCCUGGUACAAGCACGGGGCGAGUCCCCGCUACCACACCGUGGGCCGCGCCGCGGGCCUGCUCGUGGGGCUGCGCCGCUCGCCCUAUGUGUGGCGCCGCGCGUUGCGCCCCGCUGCUGCCGGGCCCCCUGCCUGGGCCCCCCUAGGCCUGAGCGCGCCCUCCCGGAAGAUGUCUACCAGGGACACCUCGCUCCCGGGCCCGCCGCCCGCGAUGCUUUCCUGCUUCCCUGCGAGCUUCAGGGACUGCGGGAGGCGAGACGCAGGAGCUCCAGCGCAGGGCUCCCCGUCAGCGCGCCUCCGAGAGCACGUCCCGGAGCCCGCGCCCGCACCGCAGCCGCAGCUGGCAGACCAUUCCUGGACCUCGGAGGGGCAGGCUAGAGCCUUCGGAGAGUCUCCGGCUCAGCCACGGUCUGCGCAGCGAACUGCCUUGGCCUCGCCCCUCGGCCGUCCUGAGCACAGCCCCUGCCUGCCGCACCCCCGUGCCUGAUCCAGGCCAAGUCGCUUCGGCCUCCAGGGCGCGCUGCCCUGGCCAGGCGGGGCCGUCCCGUCAGUAAAACCCACCUUGU